UGGUUAAUGGGCCAGUUUCCCAGACACAGAUUAAGUCUCGUCCUGGACCUUAAAGAACUUUCUAUUGAAACUUCCAUUGAGCAUGCUUUUAGUCCAGCACUAGACUCAAUCUGUGUCCAGGAAACAGGCCCCAUAUGUAUUACUGACAUGCUUGUCCUUGUUCAGGACUCCACACACUGGCUUCAGAUUGAACCCUUGACUUCCACUGUCCAGGGAGUGACAAUGUUCAGACACAGGACACCCAAAGGGAGUUAUGAGUGCACAGUGUCUGGGCUCCGCUGGCUGUGUGAGAGAGAUGUCAUUCUGAAGUAUCACUUCAGGAACUGGGAACCCUACAGUCAACUUCUGAAAGACAUGCAGUACACACAAGCUGGUCCAUUGCUGGACAUCACUAUGGAGUUAGGUGAACUGGAGGAAGUUCAUCUGCCACACUUUGUCUGUUUAGGGACCAACCCUUCCCUGAGGAAUGAGAUGAAGAUUCUUCAUGUAGAGGAACAUGGAGUGUCUUUAGAGGAAGUGCAUGAGGUCAACAGAUUCCAUGCUAAGAUUCUCCAUCCCAAGUUCUCAGCUAUCUCUCUGAUACUGAGAUUACUGUCUUGGAACGUAGAUGUCCACUGUGACGUGGUCCUCUAUUUGGCAGUAAAAAGGUCAACAGUAAUUUCAAGGCUGUACCUGCUCCUCAGAAACUCCAGUCAGAAAGAGGCUGUUCAGGAACGGGAGAAAAAUCAGCUGUCCCAAGGAUAUUCAGAAUUGGUCCUGUCAAGUCCAAAUGGGUCCUUAAAGCUGAACAGUUGGUUUGCACUCAAAAAUCCCCACUCCACUUCCAUCAAUCCAGAGAAGAUUCAGCUGUUACCUGCAGACACCACACCAAGCUGUUGUCAGAUGAUUAUGGGAAACACAGGGGUUGACAUUGAGAUGGAGUUAAUCGGGGAUGAUGAGAGGACAGUAUGGAAAUCAGUGGUAUCAAAAGAUGUAUACAGCAAAGACUCUCAUCCAACAUGUAAGUUUGUUUUUGUGGACAAGGUUUAUAAAACGGGUUAUAGAGCUAACAUAUCUUCAAGUUGUGAUGAAGAACACUGAUGAAGGUCUUCAUGAGUCGUGUUCAGUGGGGUGAUGAAGGUCUUCAUGAGUCGUGUUCAGUGGGGUGAUGAAGGUCUUCAUGAGUCGUGUUCAGUGGGGUGAUGAAGGUCUUCAUGAGUCGUGUUCAGUGGGGUGAUGAAGGUCUUCAUGAGUCGUGUUCAGUGGGGUGAUGAAGGUCUUCAUGAGUCAUGUUCAGUGGGGUGAUGAAGGUCUUCAUGAGUCGUGUUCAGUGGGGUGAUGAAGGUCUUCAUGAGUCGUGUUCAGUGGGGUGAUGAAGGUCUUCAUGAGUCAUGUUCAGUGGGGUGAUGAAGGUCUUCAUGAGUCGUGUUCAGUGGGGUGAUGAAGGUCUUCAUGAGUCAUGUUCAGUGGCGUGAUGAAGGUCUUCAUGAGUCAUAUUCAGUGGGGUGAUGAAGGUCUUCAUGAGUCAUGUUCAGUGGGGUGUAAUGAUAUAGAACAUUCAGACAGAAAUACAGAGCCUUGCAAAAGUAUCUGCAUCACAUGUUAUUGUGUUACAAGGUGGGAUUAAAAGGGAUUUCAUUGUCAUUUCCUGUCAACAAUCUACACAAAAUACUCUGUAAUGUCAAAGAAUAUAUAUAUUUAGAUUGAUAUAAAUUAAAUACCUAAAAUAGUCGUUCCAUAAGUAUUCAACCCCCCGAGUCAAUACUUAGAAACACCGUUGGCAGC